GACCUUAACCCCUUGGACAGGAAGUCAGUCGCAGGGUCGGCACAAUUAAAGAUUAGGUGUACCCAGAACCUGUCGCACCUCAGCAGUUCUCUGUCUGAAGACUCCACCACAGAGACGGUCCCGGUUUUUUUUUUAGCAACGAAAGUUUCGGAAGAAAUGUCGGACUUUGUGUGGGCAGCGCUGAUCGUCGUCGUCCUCACGUGGUUAUACUUGUGGAGACGGAAGCGAUUUUCACUGUUCAAGGAAAUCGGAAUACCUGGACCUACGCCAAGUUUGUUCUCCGGAAAUCUUACUGAGCUCAUUGAGAAAGGAGCUGCCCAAUCGUUUGAAGACUGGAUUAAGAAGUACGGAGACGUUGUUGGGUUUUACAAUGGAGCUAAACCCAUGUUGAUCAUCCAAGACCUGGACUUGAUCAAAAAGAUUCAGAUCAAGGACUUCAGCAACUUCCACGGAAGAGGGGUGGUAUCUCCGAUUUCCAAGGAGCACCAUCUGGGCAAACUCAGUCUUAUAAAUGUGGACGGAGAACGAUGGAAGGACAUGCGAAGCCUCCUGACACCCGCUUUCACCUCAAGCAACAUGAAAAAACUAUCACAUCUGAUGGACGUCUGCUCCGAUGAGUUUCUGGAAGUUCUUGAUUCCCUCCAUGACCAAGACAAGGCAUUCGAAAUAAGGGCGGUCUUCCAGAAACUUACGAUGGACGUGAUCGUUAGGUCGGCCUUCGGAGUGCAAUCGGACGUUCAAAAGAAUUCCGAAGUGACGGGCAUGAAUGCGAUGAUCAAGGAAAUAAUGGAAAGCCUGCAGCAGUUUCGCACGGGCUGGCUGACGUUUCUCGUCGCUUGCCUUCCAGAAUUUUCUCUUCUAUGGAAAUUGGCAUUUCUUUUGAGGGAACGUUUCAUGAAGGCACCGUCGGACAACAUCAGAUAUGGCAUCAUGCCGAUAAUUGACAUGCGCAGGUCUAAUCCAGAGACUCGUCGAGAAGAUCUGCUGCAACUUUUGCUGAACGCUGAGGCCGAAGAAGGGGCAGCUGUAAACGUUCAUCAGCUCACUGUGGGCUACGAAGGCGAGACAUCACAAUUAGCAGAAUCUAAAUCAAGCGGGCGCAAGAGGAGGACUCUGAACAAUGCCGAGAUACAGGCCAACGCUAUAGUCUUUCUAAUUGCUGGUUUUGAGACGACGAGCACGGCUUUGACGUUCACGACAUACCUGCUGGCAAAGUUCCAAGACGUCCAAGACAGACUGAGGAGCGAGAUAACUGCCGUACUGGAGAGAGACGGAAAGUUCACCUACGACAACGUCUUCGGCAUGCGGUACCUCGACCAAGUGAUCUCGGAGUCGUUGAGGUUCUACCCACCGGUCACCGGGUUUAUCACGAGAACCUGCCAGCACGACUACGAGCACGAUGGACUUAAGAUCCCGGCCGGAAUGAACGUUGUGAUUCCUCCGUACCAACUUCAGCACGAUCCAGACUUGUGGACUGAGCCCGAGAAGUUUGAUCCGGAGAGAUUCAGCGUAGAAAACAAGGGUAGCAUCCACCCAAUGGCCUUUCAGCCCUUUGGCAACGGACCCCGAAACUGCGUGGGAAUGCGCUUCGCCCAACUCGAGAUGAAACUGACACUUGCAAAGAUGCUGGCCAAGUACAAGUUUCUGCUGGACGAUAGACACGUUGAGGAGGAUCAUCUUAAGCUGGGCUCUUCCUUUGUCUUCUGCUAUCCCUCCGAAGGCGCUUGGCUGAAGGUGAAGAAGCUCUGAAGCUCUGCUCCGUCCAGAAGCUGAAGCUCCUGAUGCGCUAAGCGCGUGCGCAGAAGUUCGUUUUCUUCAAGGGCGAAGCAUCGGCACAAGCUCCGUUUCGACAGUCUGCGACACCGCCCUAAUGUAACGUAGGAAACAUGGAUUGACCUGUGUGUGUGCCUCAA